AGUUGGCUUCAGUUACCCGCGGCGGACGCGUGCGUUAACAUCGUCCGAGGGUAGUUCUUCGCUGCUGAACGUGCCUUGGUGGGCCGCGCUAAGGGUUGCCGCGAGGAGAGCGAACUUUCAUCCUAAUAUGAGCGAUUUUCACGUUGUGCUUCGCGUCCCCAUUCAUGGGAAUUCCGAUUGAGGAUGAUUUCCGCAUUUUCAACAUGAACGGUCGGUCGAAAUUUCAAGGUGCAUCUCGACCCGUCCAGCCCUUCGUGAAGAAGUGAGCCCUUCGCAACUAUUACCUCUUCGUUCCGGACUGCAAAAAGCCUUCCGAAGGGGGGUUUGGUGAAAGAUGACCGAGUCAAACGACCCGCGAUGUGCUUGAUUACGCGAAAGAUGAGGCAGUGCGGUGACGAUGAUUUUGCUCUGAGUAACUGCUCGAUGAUGUGGUAGGAGAGUAUUAUAUCGGUUAGAACGCGGAGGUGCGAGGGUUUCGUAUACUGUGAAUGUGGAAGUAUCGGUGCAGUGUUAUUUGAGUUGCAAUGCUUUUCAAUGGAUACUGUUAGCCACCGGAACAGCUUCUAUAUCGACGGUUAACCUCGUGGACGCGCCGCGUCGGAUCCUGCGAUUCACCGAGAAGACGGUGUCAAAGUUUAUCUCAAAGUGUUCGAGUGACCAGUUAUCUGUACACGAUGUUGUAGUGGAGUGCGUUCUGGUGUUCUCGGUGUUCGUUCGGUCUGCUAUAUUCACUCGAUAGUCGAACCAAAAAAUGUACGAAUGACAACGCGGAAGCUUGCCAACAUGAAGCCCAGAUUGUGCGCAUUUUUCCUGGUGUUCUACCUCGUGCUGCCGGGCGUUCGUCCGUUCAGCUCCAUCGAAGAAGCCGAAGACGGCGGCGAAGACGAGGAAUCCUACAUUCUCGAGGAGGACGACAUGCCGUCGGCGACGAUCGCUACGGACGCCGAACUGAUAUCGGGCGGUAGCGACUCUCUACCGGUCUUCCUCGCGGAACCGCUGGACUCUUUUGUCGUCAAGAGCAAGCCGGCAACUCUUCAUUGCAGGGCAGCGAAGGCGUUGGAAUUGUAUUUCAUUUGCAACAAAGAGCGAGCAGUCGGCUCGCAGCAGUCGGAGUUCGUCGAUCCCCAUACCGGGACGAGGAUCGUCGAGGCGGAGCUGAAUGUGACCAGGAACCAGGUGGAGGAAUACUUCGGCCAGGAGAAGUUCAAAUGCGAAUGCAUCGCCUGGGCGAGCGCCGGUCAAAUCAAAAGUCAACCGGCUACACUGGACGUGGCUUAUCUGAAGAAGCAGUUCGAGUCACCGCCUUAUUCCGUUUCGGUUGAAGCAGGUCAAGGUACCGAAAUCCGUUGCGUACCACCCGCGGGUGUACCGCCGCCUAGAGUUUAUUGGCUCCGAAACGGAGUGACGUUGGACGCCCCUACGGAUACUCUCCUCAUAUCCAGCGACGGCCACCUCCUUCUGGGUCAAGCGAAGCUGACCCACCAGGCGAAUUAUACCUGCGUGGCUGAGAACGUUGCCGCGAAGAGGGUCAGCGACCCUGCGAGCCUCACGGUUUACGUGAACGGUGGAUGGUCAUCGUGGUCGGCGUGGUCCGAGUGCAAUUCCCGUUGCGGUAAGGGUGGUCAAAAAAGGACGAGAACGUGUACGAAUCCCCUACCGAUCAACGGAGGUGACUUCUGCAAAGGUCCUCCGGUCCAGACGAACGACUGCAACACCGCGUGUCCCGCUGGAGCGAUAGAGGAAUUCACAAAUACCCUGGCUGUAGACGGGAGGUGGUCGGCAUGGUCCGCGUGGUCGGUUUGCGGGGGUGAUUGCUCGCACACGAGAAGGAGAUAUUGCGACAAUCCUCCACCAAGUCACGGAGGAAGGCCGUGUCAAGGCCGAGAUAUCAGCGCGGCGAACUGCACCGGUGGAAUGUGCAACGUCGGCAGUGCUAAAAUCGGCGGCGCUCAGCUUGCGGAAGAAGCCAGCAGCCAAAUGGAUGUCACCCUGUACGUCGGGCUCACGGUAGCCUGCCUCGUUAUAGGAGGAUUGGCCUUUUUCCUCGCCAGAUUGCUGCGAAGAAAAGGUCGCGAUCACUCUCUUUACUCUAUGGCACGCAACGACUUUCAGCCCGAAUUUUUUCCUGAUCAGGACAAAAAAUUGAGCCUGCAACCCGACGUGACGGCGACCACGGUGCCGGCGUGCUACGAGUAUCCCUUCGAUCCGAAACUGUCCAUGUCUAGGUCCCUCUCCGAGCAUCACUACGACGUACCCCAUCUUUCGAUCGCCCCCCAGCCCUCCCCCAUGUCGCCCACGCCUAGCACGUCCACCCAGGAGUCGUGCAGCGACAAGCAAAUUCAUUCGGACAGCGAGAACAGCGUGACAAGCUCCUAUCCGUCGUCGGAUUCGACGUACAACGUCGCCACGGACACCGUGAGGUUGCCCAAGCUGGAAACCGGAAACGUGGCCAGAGCGAUCGUUAACACGCGCGGUGCUUUACUCGUACUUCCCGACGCCGGGAUAUCCAUGUCCGUUCCCGAGGGUUCGGUGCCGAAAUCUUUUCGCGAGGAGUUGUACCUCGCCGUUUUGAACGAGGAUCGUUUCAGGCCCCGAUUCCCCGAUGGUAUAACUCAGUUGUCGGCGGUCGUAACUUGCGGGCCUUCGUUAGCGUCGUUUAACAAGCCCGUCAUACUGCAGUUCGAACACUGCGCGAUGCUUCACCCGAAUACCUGGGAGUUUAGCGUUUGGGCGACCGACAUCGAUCUCGACAAAGUAUCGAACGAACAGGUGAUCUGGACGCGGGUACUGACGCUCGGUAACGAGACGAUAAACACGCCACUCUUCACUCAGCUCGAUCACGCCGAGGCUUUCAUAGUCACGGAGCAAUUGAAGGGCUACGUGUUGGCCGGGGAGAGCAGUCCCAACACCAUAGCCACCAAGAGGCUGAGACUGGCGUUGUACGCCAGCCAGGGGAAUCAGAGCUGUAUCAGGGUUUACUUCGUCGAAGAUACAAAGGCGGCGAUGAAGAUCAUAGCCGACAGGGAGUCGCAAAUAAGGGGGUACCUGCUCGACAAACCUCGAACGCUGCUCUACCAGGACAACGAGGAAUCGCUGUGCAUCAGUUUGGAGGAAGUCGGUAACGAGUGGCAGAGCAAAUCGCCGACCGAGUACCAGGAGAUAUUGUUCAAGGACGUGUGGAACUGCGGAGAGAACGGUCAGCACGUGUCCUUCACUCUCGAUGGCCCCUUCGGACCUUCGGCCUCGAGAAGUUACAAGCUGUUGAUCUGCCAGGGAAAUUCCGACGCCCGUCAGGUCUUCAGGAUCGUCUACGACGGUGCGAAGCAACUCGUCUCCUCGGGAAGCGUAACCAGGCCACUGAGAGAAGUCACCGUGGUCAGCAGCGGACACGCGAACAACGCGACCACGGAUUCGACAGCUUUGAGGCCGUUCAGGUUCACCAGGUCUCUGAGAAAGCAGUUGUGUCAGUGCUUGGAUCCACCGAAUGCCCUGGGAAACGACUGGAGGAUGUUGGCGCAGAGACUUCAAGUCGAUAGGUACAUAAACUAUUUCGCUACCAAGGCCAGCCCUACGGAGCAUAUCUUGGAUCUGUGGGAAGCGAGACAUCGGGAGCCAACAGCAGUCACGGACUUAUUGAAUCAUCUCAGAGUAAUGGGUCGGACCGAUGCCGCGACAAUACUGGAGGCGCAACUCGGCCCGUGGUUGUAAGUGCUCAUCGAUUAAAGUGAUAAACCUAUUUCAGUGAGAGCAACUAAAUCCUGUGAAAUGACUCUACGAAGUUACAUGUACGCUUAUAUACGACAUUGAAACGCGUAGUCGUCCCCCGAGUGUUCCCAAAUCAAAAAAAAAAAAAAAAAAAAGAAAGAAAAGAAAAGAAUGUUCGAGAUUUCGGUGUUCGAAGAAAAAUAAUAACGAAGAUAAUCAAUGAAUAAACGAACGAGUGAAACAAAUGCGCGACGAACACUCUGUGAAAAGACGGUUGCACGGGUGUUAUUUUAUAACCAAGUGAUAUGUGAUGGGAAAAAGACUACCGCACGGAAGAACUCUGGAUUAUCUUCUUUCCAUGAUAAAUUGACAAGUAAGAAUUUGAAACAAAAAAGCGAAUGGUAAUGAAAAAUAUAACGUUAUAGAUUUAACUGUACUUUAGAGCAGGUUUACACACGGUAAUUUUUUUUUUUUUUUUGUCUUUUUUUUUUCAACGUGUAUUAUAUAAGAACGUGAAUCGAGGCUAAGCCCAUAGAGACUCGAUUUAAAACACUGCCUUAAAUGUGCGUGAUACAAUACACACCGCUUGUACAUGUAUAUAGACAAAAGUAAUAUACGAUAUUGGAUAUUACAUAGUAUUUCAUUAUUGUUAUAUUACUAAUAGUAAAAUCAAAACGAUAUGCGUAGGUUACAAGAUGUUGUAUAAUCGAAAUAAAUAAGAAUAGAGACAGAAUGCAUUUAGAUGAAAAAAUAUUUACAGGAAAUUGUUUGAUUGAUAAGAAAAAAAGAAUUAAUAAAAUAAAAUAAAAUAAAAAAAAAUGACGAAUUAUGAGAAGAAAAAGGACGUUGAAUGAAAUGAUGACGACAAAAUAAGAAAGAUAAGAGAAAACAAAUUUUAAAAAAUUUAUGAACACCAGCUACGAUUAGGUAUGGUGACAAAUUAUGAUGGGCUUAUGAUCGAGUAUAAAUAUAUAUUGUAUCGACGAACGAGGAUUGUUAUAUGGUUUGAUGAACGUGCCAAAAUUAUUUGUUGAUUCGCCGACGAUCAUUUUUUGACCUAUCCCAGCGGAUGGUUUAAAUUUUUCACUACGGUAUUAUUGUCUUCUCUCUUUAUUGAAUCGGACGAAAGAAUAUUUCACACCGUUCGUAACAUCGAGUGCGUGUAUCCGAGCAAACUUGUCGAGAUUUAUCGUUUUGUUAAAAGUUUAUCAAAAAAGACAAAUGACGUGAUUGUGUGUGUACGAUAUUAAUUUAAACGACACAGUUUAUCAUUUAAAAGAUUGUAUAUUUGUUACUUUCGACGAAUAAAAUAUUCUUGUAUACCUAAA